ACGCCAGUGGAAGUCUAAAUAUAGGAACAGCAAGUGUGCAACCUGGUCUAGCUAUAGGUAGAGCCCGGGUCAUUGACCGCUACUAUAAAGUACUUUACAUGAUGAGGUCUGUCAUUAUUGGCCCGGUGGUCAUGUUUAUUAUUAGCUUCAAACUAUUCGAAAGGCUGCAUGGGUGGGCCUUUGCAAGGUAACGUUGUACUUCGUUUGGGUGACGGUACUGUCAACGUGUCAGAUAAAGAAAUUAUUGCAAUUUCUUAUACAUCGUACUGAAUUCGAGUUUGCUGCCAAGUAAAUGUUCAAAUGGAGUGCCGACACGCGACAGGAUAGAAUUCCCGUUCCCUCCUCAUACCACAGGUACCCAAGCUUAUUGAGCGACAUGGGCCGAUGUCUCUGUUGUGGUUGAUGACAACACCUAAGAACGCUUGUUGUUUGUUGUUAGUUUAUACUUGAAAGGCGUAAUAAACAAAUUUGCCUAUGGUUACGAAGAAUUUUCCAGAUUCUCCAGAUAACUCCUGUCCAGGCGAAUAUCCUGUGGUGUCCACGUCAAUGCCCUGCCGUACCCUGAUACCCCGCCCUACUCGCACGCUUAAUUGUUCUCACCCACUGACAGUACAGGCAAUCCCUUCCAUCCAACAAGGAACAUCUUUGUGACGUCUUCUUCGACAAUGCUGUUCCCGGAAGCCGGACGUCUUGUACCCAGGCUUUCUUAGUAACGUCUUGGCGAUGAGUGUUCGCAACUUAUAAAUUGUGCUGUCAACACGGUGUUUAACACAUUCGAGUUGUGACGACCGUGACACCAUUGAGAGUUUCUCCGUGUUUAGGGGCAACAUUUGGCAUCGCCAGCAUCUGGCUCGACUCUCCUGCACCACGGCAUAGUUGGAACGUUUUCAGGCAGUCGUAGUUCAUUCUCUUUCUCCGUGACAGAAGAUGGUAGGAGAUAGCAUGCAGUACUUGGUGGGGAUCUGGAUCACUCUGUGUUUGUGUAGUCAGUACGCAGCACAGUCGCAGACGACAAACGUGACACUGCCGCAGGCGUCUAACACGACCCAAUUUGAAGCAACACCGCAGACUAUAACAGUCCAUCGGAGAUCAACAUCCAAAAAGAUUGAAAAUGGCACAGGUGAGGAAGCCACUCCGACAACAUUGUCAACCGGGCAUUUCCAGACAUGUCCCACGGAGUAUGAGGGUUACUGUGAUGAGGGAACGUGCAACUAUAUCGCGGAACAUCCGGACCCUAAACAGAGGAUAAGCUGCAGUUGCCCCCCGUGGAAACGAGGACAGCGCUGCCAGUUCAGUGACCCUGACUACUCCAGAAAAGACUCUGUGGAACGGGCCCUGCUGAACAGUUAUGUCGUCAUCGGUGUCCUGGUGGGACUGCUGGUCCUGGUGGCAAUACCUGCGGCGGCUUUCAUCUGCAGACGCUCACGGUCCAGCCGAGAUUCCAACAUGAACGCACGGGACAUGAGAGAGGCGGGGUCAAGUGCAACUCUCAUGGGACCAUAGACCAACUGCCUCCAUCCAUCAUCAUUAUUAGGAUCUGUGUAUUUAUUAACAUGUUACGAAGGAUAAAAUGCAAGGCAUUUAUUUAUUCAUUACUGACAUUAGCAUUACAUACGUUUAGAGUUUAGCCCAAUGGCAUUCUUCCCCCUGUAGCUCUCUACAUCAUUGCUAAGUUACAACUUAAAACUUUCGUUCAUAUUUAUACUGACACAUGUACUUAGAUGGUACGUAAUUGAACUGUACUAAGAAUAUGUCCUGUAUAUAUAGAGUUUCAAGCUUGAUUUAUACCAUGGUAACCAGAGUUUGUCUUGAUGAUACAUUGAGGAAGGUUACGUCAUUUUCACCCUCCAUAUAGUGAUACUUGUACUUGACAUAAGGAGUCGUUUCCUCCUUGAAUAAAACACGCAAUGCAAACACACACGUACGCACACGUGCACACGCACACAGUGACACACACACACGCACACACAUGCACGCACAUACGUACGUACACACACACACAGUAUAAUUUGGAUGGUAGAAAAUUUAUCAGUGCCAAAUAUGAAGUACACUACAGUCAAAACGGUGGCGGAUAAUUGAUCUGUAUAUAUUUGAAAGUUAUAAAUCAACAUAAAUGUACUCUCUACUGACACAUGAUACGUCGCUAUGACGUAAUAUUUUUGAAUAAAAUCUACAAUGACUUA